AUGCCUCCUAAACCACAAACGAAAAAACCUAGAAAGCCAUUAACGCCAUUACAAAGAAAACAGCAAAAAAGAAAAUACGAUCUUAUACACAAGGCCCAAGUCAAAAGCCAAUACUACAAGGAACUCAACAAAGAUUCAAAAGAUGAUACACCCGACUACGUCAAAGAGAUUUUUGGUGCUGAGCGUACAAUUGAUAAAGAUGGAAACGUGGUUGAAUUAGAGCGAGAGCAAGUUGAGGAGGAGGAGGAGGAGGAGGAGGAAGAGUUUGACUUGGACAAGUCCUCAUCUGAAGAAGAAGACAGCGACAACGAAGAACCCUCUCGAAAAAAGCAGCGGUCAACAAAAGCACUCAAACCCAACCCGUUCAAAGCACAAUUAGAAGAACGUGAGAAACUUAAAAAGGAAUCAUUGAAUGAAAAGGAGGAGCGUCAAAAGAGGUUCAAAGAGGAAAAGAAGGCUCGCAAAGAGUAUUACAAAGAAAGAAGCGAGCAGAGAAGCAAAAUGCUGGCAAGAACAAAGAAGGGCCAGCCCAAAAUGGCAUCGCAAAUGGAUGUGUUACUGCAAAAGAUUCAAAAGAGCAUGGAUUCAUAG